AAAAGAAAAGGAAAAAAAAAGAAAAAAAAGAAAAAAUCCAGGAAAAAAACAGGAAAAACAAAAAAAGAAAGAAAGCGCUCGCUCGCUCUCCGGCAUAACAAAAUACCUAAUCGUAACAAAAUAACAUCCUCGAGACAAAAUCAAGCAGGGACUUGACACAGCAGCCAGGCCAGGCGCGGAGAGGAGAGCGAGCCGGAGCGCGGGGAAGGCGAGCCGAGCCCGAGCCCGCUCGCAGGGCAGGACAGCAGCAUGUCAAGCGCCGCGGCACGCACGGAUGAGCGCUGCCGGCAGCCCGCCUUCCUCCCCGGCCCGCCGCACCAAGUUGAGAGCAGCGGUGGCAGCGCCAAGGUGCCGAGGAUGUGUGCUGCGAGGCGGCUGCUGCUGCUGGCCUUCCUGGCCUCUGCGCUGGACGCCGCCGCCGCCUACGGCACCGCCGAGACCCUCUGCGGCGGCGAGCUCGUCGACACGCUGCAGUUCGUCUGCGGGGACCGGGGCUUCUACUUCAGUAGGCCAGUGGGGCGAAAUAACCGAAGGAUCAACCGCGGCAUCGUGGAGGAGUGCUGCUUUCGGAGCUGUGACUUGGCUCUCCUGGAAACCUACUGCGCCAAGUCUGUCAAGUCGGAACGAGACCUCUCUGCCACGUCCCUCGUGGGGCUGCCGGCACUCAACAAGGACAGCUUUCAAAAGCCUUCGCAUGCCAAGUACUCCAAAUACGACGUGUGGCAGAAGAAGAGCUCGCAGCGCCUGCAGCGCGAGGUGCCUGGCAUCCUGCGGGCCCGCCGGUAUCGGUGGCAAGCGGAGGGACUGCAAGCCUCCGACGAAGCCAAGGCGCAUCGCCCGCUCGUCGCCCUGCCCAGCCAGAGGCCCCCGGCAGCGCGAGCGCCCGCGGGGACUCUGGGCCGCCAGAAAUGAACUGCCAAGGGGCAUCUCCAUUUUCGGUCUGCCGGGGGCGGGCGGGAGGACUGGCGAGGUCUAGCCCCCGAGCCCCUCGGCUCCCCGGGCGGCAGCGCCGGGGGCUGCCCCCUCGCCGCGCCGCGGCCGGCUGAGCGCGGGAACCCGGCGCGGGAGCCCGGCGCAGCGACGGCGGGACCGCGGCGCCCUCGGCCCGCGGCGCCGUCUCCGUGGCACCGUCCUUCCGGGUUUCUUUGGGGGGCGGGAGGGGUGUUUCGUUUCUCAGACCUGUUUUCUUCCCCCGUGUACCCCGUGUUUCCAAGCCUGUGCUUCAAAGGGACAGUUUGGCACUUGAACUUUUUGGUUUUCUUUUCCUGUCGGGCACAGCAUGACAUCCCAGGUGCCAACAGCAGAAGACAAAAGAAAGAGCGAGAGGGAAAAAGGAUACGGAGUCAAACAUUUUUUCAAGAAGAGUCCAUUCCAUGUCUUUCUUGACAAUAAAGUGAAAAAUGGGGAGACAUGUUGAGGGAUAUAAAUUUUUUUUGCCUCAUUCCCACCCCCACUUUUUUUUUUUUUUUUUUUGGAUAACUUUUCUUAUUUUUAUAACUUUCUUUUGCACCUUUAAAAAAAAUGUAACUGAGAAGAGAUUCCGAGGAGACCCAUCUGCAUUUUUUGUGUGUGCUUAAUUACAAGAUUCCAAAUCGACUUGCACCUUUUUAAAAUCAUCGAUGAAGUGAGAAAGAGAGGAAGAGAAGAGAGAGAGAGAGAGAGAGAGAAAGAGAGAGAGAGAAGAAAAAGGAAAGGGGAAAAAAAGAAAAAGUGAGCUGAUGCUCACUUUAAAUGGAGGAGGCGUCUGCAUUGCACAUUUGCCACGGAUUUAGUUGAUUUAUAUAUAUAAUAUAUUAUAUAACUUUUUUGGCAAAAAAAGCACUAUUUUUAUGGGACAUUUUGUGUAGUAUCUGAAGAGGGAUUGUAAUGUUUAAAAUGUGUUAUGGUGCUAAAGUAAGUUGGAAGGGAAAAAACCCAGAAAUAGCAAGGGAAGGUGGGGAGGGAAGGACAAGAUAGCGAAUACUGAACUUGAAAUUUUAGCUUUUCGUUUUAGGAAAAGUGUGAUAAAUGUGUUUCUUUUCUCUUCUGAAAUAUAGCUUGGUCAUGACCAUAUGAGCUAGUUGGCUGUCACUCAUGUACACAGAUGCACGCACACACAGAAAUACAUCUAUAUGCGUCCUUUUUUUAAGAAAAAAGAAAAACAACAAAAAAAAAAGUUGUAGACGAAAAGGGAACUGUUCUAAAGACUAGCUACGCCGAAGUCGCGCAGGUGUGCCCGUUACGCCUCCGGGCCCCGCUCCGGCGGGGCCCUGCGACGCUGGCUCCCGGGGCCGCCUCCUCGGGCUCCCUCUGCGGCGUCUCCCGGCGCUGCCAGCUCGCUCGCGCACCGCUCCGCCGGCGGCCCUCGGUGGCGCUGAGCCCCGGUGGAGGCCGCCGCGCCACCACCCGCUGGCUCCUGCCCCUUCUCUCGCCUCCUUGUCCCGGCCGCCAACCCCUCCCCGCACCAGCGCGGGCGGCACCGGGGGCCGGGGGAGGCGAAGGCGCCCUGGGGUGCCGCCGCCGCGCGGGAGGGGUGAAAGGCGAAGCUGUCGCUCGCGGCACAGGCCGGAGAGGUGGGCAGCGGGCUGUAAAAUAGGUUGGUUUUAAAAUAAUAUAUAUUAUCUGUCUAGGAACCGUAAAAGGGGGGAAUCAAUUACAUCUCCCUCUGAUAUACUCUCACUUGCUAAUAAAAUGGGGACACUCUGUUAACCAGUUCUGUACUUGCUUUGUCUUAUAUAUCCAUACAUUUAAAACAUAAAAAAAAAAAGACUACUUGAAUUGUAUUCUAUUUCGUGGUUUUGAGGGGAGGGCUAGGGGGAGUUUUGAGAGGGGGAGGAUUUUAAUGUAUAAUCCUUUUGUUUGUUAUUACCUUGCAAUGUUGAGCCAUGAAGCCUUUGUUUAAAAAUGUGGCACUGCAAUACACGACAAAGAAAAUCCUUUAUUUAUUUUAUUAAAUAUAUAUGGAAAAGAAUGAAAAUUGGUCCAAAUUAAAAAGGUGGGGGGGAGGGAAGUGGGAGGGGUGGGGAAGGCAGAAUAAAAACAGAGCGAUUGCAAAUAAUUGAUUUUUUUUCCUUUUCAUGUGUCUUUUUUUAAAAGAAACCUAGUUUUUAUUUUUUAAAAAGAGAAAUAAAAGCUUUCCUGGAUGCUUUGUACCAAAAAAAGAAAAAUGAAAAAAAAAAGAAAAUCUGUUAAGCAAAUAAAUAUCCAUCCAGAAUAUGAAA